AUGGCCUCCCAGCUGGGGGGGCUGUGGCAAAGUGUCGGUCAGAACGUCACCCCGGGGACGUCUCACCCAAAGAGGAGUCAGACCACCACGGCGGAGAACAGCGCCAAGGAGGAAGGAGGCGUCCAGCUGCGUAAGCCCAGCACCCCGGGGGGCCGCCCGCCCGCCAGCCCCCUGCUGGGCAACGCCAACAACCCCAACAAGGCCGACAUCCCCGACCGCAGGAAAGGCGCCACAAUCACCCCCGCCAAUAACACUGCGUCGGCAGGAAUGACCCGGAGGAACACGUACGUCUGCAGCGACAGAAACAACGCUGACCGCCUCUCAGUCAUCCCCAACGGGAAGGAGAACAGCAUGAGCGAGAUGGCUUGUGCCACUAGCCCCUCCUCCUCCUCCUCCUCCUCUGGCUUUGCGGCCGCUGCGUUCGCGGCCUCGUCCAGCUCGGUGCGGCUGAGGUAUCAGAACGUGGGCCCGUUGUACAUGGGCCAGGCGGGCUGGGCCACGCUGCCCCACUCCUACUACGCUCUGGACUACUACUCGCCCAAGUAAGACGGCAGGGCUUCC